AUGAAGCUUUUCCAGUUCCAUUCCCUCCAAGACGCUCUACGACUUUACCGACCAUUUAAAACCCCAACGUUCUCAACCCAUUUUCCAUUUCCUGCUAAACUUGUCCAAACCUCGACUAGAUUCUACAGCAGAGACCCACAGACCACUCCUUUGCUGAGACCCCCCACCUCCAUUUUCUACUCUAAGCUCUUGACACAAUGCACCGCUUCCAAGGCCAUAGGUCCCGGCACGGAAAUCCAUGCCCACAUUAUCAGAUUCGGGUUCUCCGAAGACCCAAUUCUGAGGAACCAUUUGAUCAGUUUCUACUCAAAGUGUCGUCGCUUCGGAUAUGCACGCAAACUGGUUGAGGAAAGUCCUGAACCAGAUUCAGUCUCUUGGUCUGCUUUGAUAUCUGGGUAUGUCCAAAAUGGGCUUGCUGAUGAAGCGCUUUCGAAGUUUUGUGAUAUGCGGUUGUUGGGUGUUAAGUCUAAUGAGUUCACAUUUCCGAGCGUUCUAAAGGCAUGCUCGAUUACGAAGGAUUUGAACGUGGGGAAGCAGUUUCAUGGGGUUACGGUGGUAACGGGGUUUGAGGCGGAUGUGUUUGUAGCAAACACUUUGGUUGUUAUGUAUGCAAAAUGUGGGGAGUUUGAGGAGUCGAGGAGGCUUUUUGAUGCGAUUCAGGAACGUGAUGUUGUUUCAUGGAAUGCUCUAUUUUCCUGUUACGUGCAGAGAGAGUGUUGUGGAGAGGCUGUUGAUUUGUUCAUGGAAAUGAUUAAGAGUGGAAUAAGACCCAAUGAGUUUAGUUUUUCUACUAUAAUAAAUGCCUGUGCAGGUGUUGUUGAUGUUAGUAAAGGAAGGAAACUCCAUGGUUUUCUGAUAAAGCUUGGAUACGAAUCAGAUCCAUUCUCGGCAAAUGCACUAGUUGACAUGUAUGCAAAACAAGGAGUUCUUAAAGACGCGGUUUCUGCUUUUCAAGAAAUUUUGCAACCCGAUAUUGUCUGCUGGAAUGCUAUACUAGCUGGUUGUGUUCAUCAUGAGGACAAUGCACGGGCUUUAAAAUUGAUUAGGGAGAUGAACACGUGUGGGGUUUGCCCGAAUAUGUUUACGUUUUCAAGUGCUCUUAAAGCUUGUGCUGAAUUGGGGCUCAAGCAAUUGGGUCGGCAGUUACAUUCUAGAUUGAUAAAGAUGGAUACAAAAUCAGAUGUGUUUGUAGAUGUUGGACUGAUUGAUAUGUAUUCUAAGUCUGAGAUGAUGAAAUAUGCGAGGAGAGUUCACUCCUUGAUGCCAAAGAAGGAAUUGAUUGCAUGGAAUGCUAUAAUUUCGGGGCAUUCACAGAACGGUGAGGAUAUGGAAGCUGUAUGGACUUUUGCUGACAUGUACAAGGAGGGGAUAGGUUUCAACCAUACUACUUUGUCUGCAGUCCUAAAAUCCACAGCUACUUUGCAAGCGAUCAAAGUUUGCAAACAAGUUCAUUCGGUUUCUGUGAGAUCGGGUCUCAAAUCUGACAUUUAUGUUAUAAACAGCCUUCUUGACACAUACGCAAAAUGUAGCCAAGUUGAAGACGCCGAACAAAUUUUCAAAGAAUGCCCAAUUGGAGAUUUAGUGGCUUUCACAUCAAUGAUCACAGCUUAUGCCCAAUAUGGUCAAGGUGAAGAAGCUUUAAAGCUAUAUUUGCAAAUGCAAGACAGGGGGAUCAAGCCUGAUUCAUUUAUUUGCAGUUCUCUUCUGAAUGCUUGUGCGAAUCUGUCGGCAUAUGAACAAGGGAAACAGAUCCACGUUCUCAUUCUAAAGUUUGGAUUCAUGUCUGACAUAUUUGCCGGGAAUUCUCUCGUCAACAUGUAUGCAAAAUGUGGAAGCAUAGAUGACGCUGGACAUUCUUUCUUAGAGAUACCGGAGAGGGGAGUAGUCUCAUGGUCUGCAAUGAUAGGAGGUUUUGCUCAACAUGGGCAUGCAGAAGAGGCCCUACAAUUUUUCAAUCAGAUGCUUAAAGAUGGUGUUCAGCCAAACCAUAUAACUUUAGUCAGUGUCCUCUAUGCAUGUAAUCAUGCGGGUCUGGUAAUUGAAGCGAGGAAACACUUUGAAUCAAUGAAAGUGUUGUAUGGGAUUGAACCAAUGCAAAAGCAUUAUGCUUGCAUGAUCGAUCUCCUCGGCCGAGCAGGGAAGUUGAACGAGGCAAUGGAGCUUGUGAAUACAAUGCCAUUUGAAGCGAAUGGAUCAGUCUGGGGAGCACUUCUUGGUGCCGCGAGAAUUCAUAAAAAUGUUGAGCUUGGUCGACGUGCUGCCGAAAUGCUCUUGGCUCUCGAGCCUGAUAAAUCCGGCACCCUUGUUCUGCUUGCUAACAUUUAUGCAUCAGCUGGCCUAUGGGAGAAUGUGGCAAACGUGAGAAGACUCAUGAAAUCUAGUAAAGUGAAGAAGGAACCUGGAAUCAGUUGGAUUGAGGUCAAGGACAAGGUUCAUACUUUUAUUGCAGGAAAUAAUAGCCAUUCAAGAAGCAAGGAAAUAUACGCAAAACUCGAUGAGCUGAGUGACCUCAUGAGUAAAGCUGGCUAUGUUCCCCUGGUGGAGAUUGUUCUCCAUGAUGUGGAAAGAAGUGAAAAAGAGAAGCUUCUAUUGCACCACAGUGAGAAGCUUGCAGUUGCUUUCGGGUUGAUUGCCACUCCACCAGGAUCUCCUAUAAGGGUGAAGAAGAACCUACGAAUUUGCCUGGAUUGCCAUACUGCGUUCAAGUUCAUUUGUAAAGUUGUUUCAAGGGAGAUAAUUGUGAGAGAUAUCAACAGAUUCCACCAUUUUAAAGAUGGCUCAUGUUCUUGUGGAGAUUAUUGGUGAGAUUUGUGGAGAUGAUCUAUCCCAGAAUUUGCCGGGAUGAUUCCACACUUGCAGUUAGUAAACACCAUCUCUAUGCAAGCUUUAUCUCUCCUAUGGAAACUAGAGGCAUUUGAUUACCUAUUAAGGACAUACACCCAAUUCUUUUUUAGCUGAAUAAAAAGGGGAUCUGGUAGAGGAUCAUUGGUAUUAUCUCAUCCUCUAUCCUCUUUGUCUAUAGCUAAAAUUCAGGGGCCCACCAAAUAGAAUGGAAAGGACCUGCUUCAAUUCUAUUCAAAAAAGGAGCUCAGUUUCACUUCCAUCAGACCACAAGCUCAUUUGGCACUGUCUAUUAAUCAGGCAGGGACUUAAAAUGAGGCUAUAGACACUCUGAUAGGAGGAAAAAAGCAUUCUAACCGUUACACCCACCCCUUUAGUGAUGGGACAUGUACUCAACUUAA